AUGAAACAGUCUGGACGGAAGCAUGAUAAAGUGACCCAUAGAAGGUGUCUCCAGAUGAUGAGCAACAUCGAGGAAGAGAUUCAAAAAAGACAAGAAGAAAGGGAUAGGGAGAGGCAAAAGCAUUGUCGGUUGCUGAAACAACUUGAAACCCUGAAAGCCGAAGAAAAUUCGAGAUUACAGCUGGCUCUCACGGCACGGGAUGCAGCAUUAGCCGAGAGUCAGCGGGUCGAGCGAGAGGUAUCUGAGUUGCGGCAGCAGCUGGAGUCCACAAACGCGGCUCUGCAGGACCAGGUCCCGUGGAAUGAUAUUCUGCUGGUGCUAGAUCAGGCACACGGAGACCUGGUGUCGACGACCACUCGAUUUUGGAACACGGUCGAUGUCCUCCAGAACAAACGACUGGCAUCUUAUUUACCGGGCUCUGGGGUCAUUCAUGAAGACUGGCCCGAGAAGGGAGUCGUGGCUACUCAGGGCGACGAUUUUCCCUUCAAUUUCUCCGAACCGAAUGUUCCGCUUCCCUAUCAGCAGGAACCCUCUUCAACCAACCGAAAUGGAUCUCUAAAGGGAUGA